UCUUUCCCUGUGAUAGCUACUGUACCAUUUAUGGUUUCUCAGAAUGACAAAACUACAGCUGUUGAACGCUUAUUUAACGGAGCGUUUGGCGGAGGUGGUGAGGGAGAUCCUGGACGUGGUGGGAGACACGGUGACGGAGUACCAGGAGGAGGCGGCCCGGACUCAGCGGGAGAACGAGAGCUUGAGGAAACAACUCCGGGAUCUUCUCCUGCUGGGGGACGAGACAGACUGGGCUACCAGGUCCACUAUCCUUUUGGAGGCUCCUGAACAGCAGCAGUCCAGUAAACAAGAGGUGAGGUCUUCUUUAGCGGAGCCAGACUCGACUCUGAGCCAGCUCAAUGAGGCACCGGGAAGGGCAGUUUGUCAUUCUCAUGAACAGGUAAUGACUGUUAAACCGCUUCCAACGGAGAGCGAGACACCAUCUGCACAGCUCCCCCUGGACCCCGAAGAUAGACAGGAGCAAAAUGACCAGCCACAACCGAAGCCUAAACCUGAGCCUCAGCAGCAGGCUUUUGGAAAUGUCCCAUCUUGCUCCUAUCAGACCUCUGUAAAUACUGUCUCUGCCUCCGACCCUGACAUACACACUGACCCUCAACAGUGCAUGGUUCAAACUCCACCUUUUCCCAUAGUUCAAACACAGAUAAAAGCAGAACCAGAGGAGUAUGAGGUGUUGGCAACUAAUGCUGAAAGUCACACAGACUCUGUAUUCUCAGGCUCUUUGCCAAAUCCUGGUCCCACACACAACCUCUUGGAGGUUUCUGGUUUUGGAAAUGUACUGGAUGCAGACAGAGAGGGGGCUGCCUGUGUAGAACGUGAAGUUCAUCAAACCACGAAGAAGAGCACUUCGGAUAGAUUGCCUUUGAACACUGCUGUUGACAGUGACGUAGUAGCUGGUCAGAGGUGCGAAGCCAGUCAUUCCUGUCCCCGCUGCAAGGAGACAUUCGGCCUCGCUUCUAGCCUCCGACUGCACUUGGAGCAGAAGCGUUACGCCUGCGACUGGUGCUGCAAAUCCUUUGCCCAGGUGACUGACCUACGGCGCCACCUGCGCACCCACACUGGGGAGAGACCCCAUCGCUGUACCUUCUGCUAUAAGAGCUUUAGCCAGAGAGGCAAUCUGAAGAGACACCUGCGCAUCCACACAGGGGAGAGACCGUACAGUUGUCCUUACUGCUAUCGGACUUUCAGUGAUGGGGACACCAUGAAGAAGCACAAACGCACUCAUUUUGGAGAGAGGCCCUACCGCUGCUUGCAUUGCUCAAAGACAUACGCUAGUGCCAGUGGAUUGCAGGUUCAUAUAAAGAAAGAUAUGUGCUUCGUGUCCAACACGUGAUGAGCCGAUUCAGGACAGGGCAGCAAAUUCAAGCAAGGUGGGACAAUAGUUGUGUUACAGAGCAAAUAUGCGUCACAGCUCCAGCUGUAUCCAUGUCUCUAAAUGUAUUUAUUUUUUCUAUAUUUCCUGUGUGUUUUGAAUUCAGAGAAAAGGGAACCUAUAAGACUGUGAUGUUCAGCGGCAACAUUUGAAACCAGACCUACCCAUGUUAAGAGACUGAGGACCGUUAGGUCCAUCAUAGUCCGGGUAUAACAUAUACGCAGGCGUAUGUCCACUGUCUCUGCAGAUAAAAAUGUACAAGGCAUAAAAGUGGACCACUGUAGCCAUCCGCAUAUGUGCACCACACAAAUUUUCUGUCUGCACAUGUACAUAACAUUUGGGUUUUUCUUAGAAGUGCAUUAUGUCACACACCCCCAAUAUGGCUUACAGUGUCUUGAUGCAUGGUGAAUAAUCCAGGUAAGGUAAUCCAAGAAAGUUGAAUCAGUUCAUCUGGACACAUUCAUUCAUUAUCCAAACCGCUUAUCCAACUCAGGAUUGUGGGGAUGCUGGAGCCUAUCCCAGCAGUCAUUGGGCGGCAGGCGGGGAGACACCCUGGACAGGCCACCAGUCCAUCACUUGGCCGACACACACACACAUUCACACCUAGGGACAAUUUAGUACAGCGAUUCACAUGACCUACAUGUCUUUGGACUGUGGGAGGAAACCGGAUCAUCCGGAGGAAACCCACGCAAACAUGAGGAGAACAUGCAAACUCCACACAGGACGACCCGGGACGACCUCCAAGGUUGGACUACCCCAGGGCUCGAACCCAGGACCUUCUCGCUGUGAGGCGACUGCGCCAACCACUGCUCCACCGUACCGCCAUCCGGACACAACGUUGGGGAAAUGUUUCACCGUUCAUCUAAGGGACUUCGUCAGUCUAAGCUGACUGCAGAUAUUCCCAGCCUUAUAAAGAGCACAGUUGCAUAACUGCCGAAAACCAGUGCAGUUGCGUCAUAACCCAAACCAGUGAACAGUUUCAUAUGCAGAUUACCGUAACCAUUAAUUAGUGUUAAAAUGAACCCUGUGUACUAGUCACAGAGGAUUGGGGAAUAGUUGCAAUCACAGCAUUGUAAGAUAGUGACAGAUGUACUCUCAGCCCCCCUCCCUCGAUUCAGGGAUGGUCGUUAGUCAGGCUUCAUUCUUGAAAAGUGGCCACUGGCCUGUAGAUGGGUGUAGACUGUGGAGUCCUGGCCUGAUGUGUUAGCUCUCCUGUGUUGGAGAGGUGUAAAAACCAGGUCCAGAAAGUAAAAGUCCAAACCAUGUAUUUGCUCUAUUCAUGCACUACACCAGCAGAUUCUAGUCAACACCACUCCUCAACUAGGUAGGGAAAACUAGCUAAUGAAAUGAGCUGGUUUAGUAACAUGAUUGGAGCAAAUACAAUUUGGACUAUUACUUUCUGGACCUGGUUUUUACACCUCUGCUGUGUUGUGCCAUCCUCUUGGCCAGCGUCUGUUUAGUUUCCCCGAUGGACAAGUCAUGGCAAUCCUCCCGGUACUUAAUAGCAGACACUAUAUUGCUCUGCUUGUGCCGGGGGACCCGGUCCUUGGGGUGGACACAUUUCGGGUGCAACGUGUUUUGGGGUUUGAAAGCAACUGAGAUGCGGUGCUUGGAAAAUACGCGUCUCAGCUUUUCUGACGCUCCUGCCACAUACGGAAUCACCACUGGUUUAUGUUUAGACAGCUGUUGUCCUUCUCCUCUUUCCAAUUGGCUGGUGCACUGUUUGGGUGUCUUCCUGGCUUUGACAAACGCCCAGCUAGGAUAACCACACUUAACCAAGGCCGGUUUAAUGUGGGAUUUUCCCCCUUCCCUGGCCGCUGUGUCCGUGGAGGCGUUGUCAGGUCCAGUCCUCUGCACAUAGUAUAAGUGGCCAUUUAAACUGUAAUUAAUGGUCAUGGAAAUUUGUAUAUUUGCAUAUGAAACCGAUCAAUGGUUUGGUUGUGACCUAACUGUGCUGGUUUCGGUCAUCAUGCAACUGUGCUGUUUAUGAGGUUGGGGACACCUGCAGUCAGCUGAGACUCACAGACACUUAGACGAGUGAUGAAACGUUUCUUCCACUAAACAUUGUGUCCAGAUGAACUGAUUCAACUUUCUGGGAUGGCUUACAAAGAUUGUGGGAAAUGUAGGCUUUAAGUACCUGUGGUAUGCUAUGAAUUUGAAAGGACUGCAGACUGUAUCCACAAACGUGUGUUUACACUGUACUUUGUGAGUAUGUGAGCACCUUUGGGGAUACUGUGACAAGUUGCAUUUUGUUUUUUUGUCUUCACAUUAGAAACAUAGUGAGGAAUAGAGUUUCUGUAUUUGCGCUUAAGCCCAUCAAUAAGUGGCUCCAAACAUUCCUUAUUCACAUCAAGUAGUACUAUAAGUUCAAACGAACUAGCUAUACUCCUUUUCUUCAGUAGUGAAUACUAAAUUUGCCAAGAGGCCAUUUUCUUUAGCUCAGCUAAAAAAAAUGUAGGCAUGCAUCGCUAAUUCGUGUCAUGUAUUGGGUGCAGAAAAAUGUUGAAUGUCAACUAAUCCCUCUAGCUUUUGCAAAACCAACUGUACCAUAUGACGAAAAUGGCAUAUUUUCACCGAAAUUGUCUCUAAUGCAAGCACACUUGCCUCUUGAUGCCGUGCUGUGAUAGAGUAGUUGUUCUCAAUCUGGAGGUCGGGGGGACCCCCCGGUGGGUCCGAAGAUGAUGUCAGUGAGUCAUAAGAGGAUUUGUGGGCUAAGCAAAACAAUAUUUCUAAUACAGGAACACGGGACCAUGUCUCAUGUCUUAUGUCAUGAAAUGACGUUGUUUCUUGCUCAAAGCAUGAAAUUGUGAGAGGGGAUUUUUUUUUUGUUUUUUUGUUUUUGGUGUCACAGUUCACCCUUCCAUGCCUGCAUGCCUGAGUCAGGAGGCUGCCAGCCAGUUCAGCCAGUUACUGUGUUGAUGGGGAUCAUAAGCCUGAAAGGUUGAGAAACACUGCUGGACAACGUUGGUAUGGACCAUCAGACUAAGCAACAGGUGUGUUGCACAUACAGUUUACUUUGUGCUUUGUACUGUAUAAAUACCCAAAAUCCUUAUGGGUAAAUAUUCACUAAACUGUCUUCAAAAAAGUUAUCUUAAAGUAAUAUAUGAAAUUAUUUAUGACUCAACCCUUGAAUUGAGAAAAAACAUGUUUAAGAUUUCAUUCACUUCUUUAAAAACAGGAGUUUGAAGUCUUACCCUUUUUCCUGGGACCAAAGUGCAAGUUACUGUUUGAAUAUAAACUACUAUGGUUGUGUGUUUUGUUUUUUGCUCUGAUAUCCAUUAGGUAAAAUAUUAAAUUUAGUGUAAUUGUGGGUAUCUGGCACUCAGCAAAUCUUUUCCGGUGUGGCAAGCAGAAAUUAAUCCAUGUGUUGGAUAUUAUUCUGAUUAGUCCUGUUUUGUUUACUUUGGUUUGAAUUAAUAAA